UUCCACACUAUCCCCCGUCGUCAGUCUUGCGCCGUGCAGCGGUGGUGUACGUAGCGCGAUUAUAUUUCCGUAUGUCGGCCACGCGUCGUCGACGUGUGUAAGAAAAAGUCCGUCGUCGCGUCGUGACGUGUCCAAACGUCGUUCGUGCGUACCCGAGGACCACGAUUUGUGCGCGAGUGCACGCGGUCGGCCGUGUUUCAAAGUCGUGUACGCGCGCGCGAUCGGAACCGGGGUCUAACCUCAAAGCGUGCUGCUGUCGCCGCCGCCGUCGCCGCCCGCGACGUUUGACCCCGCCGAGGCGCUCGCCGGGACCGCCGAUGAUCCACGGAUGAUCCAACAUGGCGUCGACCGAUCUGUCGUUCGGCUCCAUACCGGCGUUCUACAGAGAGGUCCACGAGAAGAUUUGCUCGCCUACCAGCGGCAACGUGGAGCGCGAGGUGUUCAAGUCCCUACUCGUCAAGUCGCAGCUGAGCAGCUCCGUACUUAGCCAGAUAUGGGAGCUGGUAGAUAGCAAGACAGGUUACCUCACGAGAAGCGGACUGUACAAGGGACUCGCGCUCGUCGCUUUCGCUCAGCAAGGGAAGCAACCGAGUGACAAGCUGUUGGAGAACUCUGAGUCUCAAGAAUUACCCGUACCCGUUCUGGGCGAUUUGUCGGAAGUGACGCUUCUCGCGCAGAGGCUACACAGAGGCAGCAAUCCCGCCAAGCUGAAUCUCACGUACUCGGACAUUUGUAAUCUGGAUAGUAUCGAGGUCAAUCUCGUUCCCGAGAAGAAGGGUAUCUUCCUCAAGCACGUAGAGUAUCAAGUCACCAGCAAGAGAUUCAAUUCUAUAGUAUAUAGGCGUUACAACGACUUCGUAUCGUUGCACGAACUCCUCUUGGCCCGGUUUCCUUAUAGACUAAUACCCAAGUUACCGCCGAAGAAAAUCGUAGGAGCUGACUCGCAAUUUCUCGAGGAGAGGAGGCGUUCUCUCUUGCGGUUCCUCACGCUGAUCGCUCGCCACCCGGUGGUGAGUAAGGACCCGAUCGUUCAAUUUUUCUUCACGUACACCGGCGAAGAGACGCAGCACAAAAUCCGCGAGGUGUUCAGGAGAGUACCGGACGAGUUCGCGACGUCAGAGCUAUCGUCCCGGGCGAAAGAGCUGGUGCCGCCAGAGACGCUGACCGAGUUCGCGAACAGCCGCGAUCAAAUCCGUGUGAUACUGCUCGGGAUCUCGCGGCUGAAGAACAUCGCCGAUUGCCUGGCGAUCAGGUCGCAUAGUUACGCGGUCGACAUGGCCGAGCUCGGCACUCAAUUGAGCAACUUGGCCGCGGAGCCGCACGGAGCCAGUUCCUGGGUAACCGGUGGCUCGACUAUUUGGCAAGACAUGAAGAAAGGCUUCCAUAUAAUAUCCAAGGAGUUUAAUCUGCUGUCGACCAGAGCACUGCAGCAAGCGGUCAGGGAGGAAACCAUGGUCUGCGAGAGGCUGAACCUCCUGCUGGAUAUUUUAGUUGCGCACAGAAUGUUGUGCGAGAGACACGAGCGAGGCGUCAGCGCGGAUCACCAGCGCGCCCUGUCCACGAUGUUGUCCCUCAAGAAGCGGCAGAUGCAAGGUGUUAUUCGCGGGACCGACGCUGACACCGUGGAGUACCUCGAGAACAAGAUGGUUGCGCAGGAGUCGGUGAUCGCCAACGUCGAGCUGAGAAACUGCUUCUCGCUGCAUUGCCUGCACAUGGAGACCCAGUUGGUUCACGCGCACUUGGAGAUACUCGCAACCGUAUUGCAAAGUCUCGUGAGCGUGCAAAUACGCGGUCACUCCGAGGUGAGACUCCAUAUACUUGUCUGUACUUUCCGGCAACGGCUGUUCGGUCUCUUACUAAUUAUUCAUUCAUUUUGCAAGCAAACGCGGAGAUCUCGCUGGCUGAAGUGUGGAAACUGAUCGAACCGACGAUUACCAAGUGUUUACCCGAGAAGUUGGCUAGUGGCUCCAACGGGGUCUCAUAGCACAGGAAAGUUUCGUGUGUUUGUUCCUGCAGGUCGUGUGUUAUCAAAUAAUUAAUAAGCGAGACUCGCAAUAGAACAACCUAGCAAAUACGAUCGCAAAAAACUGUAUUACGGAAAACUGUAACGUAAACGCAUCACGUCCCGUAUUCCCGUCUUAACCGUACUACGGCUGUUCAGAGACAAGAAGAAAAACUUUGAGACUUUUCCCGAAGUUCCAAGUUCUCCUUUCCGGCGCCACGUCGAUAUUAAGUACGUAGAAUUUUGUACUCUCUCCGCCUCCUUGUCUUAUAAAUCGCUUGGAUAUUCAGGUGUGCUAUGCCACUGGCCGUGCAAGAGGCGUAUUUAUCUUUUACAAUUGUAGCGACCAGAAUCUCGAAUGUAUAGCGCGCAUAAAUUUUAGACAUUCCUUGUUGUGUACUUAAUAUAUUUUAUGAACUACCAAAUGAUAUAUCUGUAAUUCUCUCGCAUUGUUAUAUCGCUUUGUACAUAUGAAGACUUGUAGGUUGUAUAUAUACGUCUUAUAUCGAUAUGAAGUGUCUAAGCAGUGUGUAAAUAAUUCAAACUGCACUAAACUCUUGAAAGGAUUUACAUAUAUUCUUAUGCAUAUGUACGUACUUAUACAUAUGUAUGUACGAAUAGAAGUCUGAAAGCUUAUGGAUAUUACAAAAGUUCGAUCAUUUUAAUCGGGGGAAGAAAGAACAGACACGUACGAGUCGCGAGAUCGAUAAUACAGCAUUAAUAUAAUCUUUGAUUCGAUUUUUGCGUCGAGUUAACUCACUUGGAUUUUAUUCUUUCACUUGACCGCUAAAUUUUAAUAGCGUGUUUGUUACUAAUUCUUGUCUUUCUGCAUAUUGUGAUUUUAAUAUUGUCUGAUUCGUACGUUCUUUCAUUCUCCGUUUGAAAACUCUUUAUACGUCGUGUUGUGCGACUCUGAUUAUUGUCAAUAUAUGUUGCUUAUAUUUAAAGUAUUGCGAAAUUAUAUAAAAAUAUAUAUAUUUUUCUUUCGUCUAUUCUGAGAGGUUUUUCUCAGAAAUAACGUUUUUAACAGAAUUAACGUCUGAAAAAUUUAAUUAUCGCGUGAUUAAAUGUCAAAAGUUAAAAAAUUUUUGAAAAAGGUACAAUCGAGUUUCCACGGGAGAAAAUAUAUUUUAAAAUAUUAAAGGAUGUCGAACACUCACUAAUAGAUCUGAGACAUUUUACAUAUUAUACUCAUGUUUAUAACGAUGGUGAAAAUAUAUUGUUAUUAUAAAAAUA